GGGGCGAGCGGGCUGCGUGCGCGUGUCGGGGGCGCACGUGUGAACGCGGCGUCGCUGCGGUUCAACCAGGGAGUGGCGCGUGUGUGGGAAAGGGGGGCCACAAGCGAGACCCCAGCCCCAGUUGCUGUCAAAGAAUAAGGGCGAGAGCUGCGGAUCCGGAAGGUGCCGGCUCCUUCCUUGUCUAAGCAGCCCCGAAUCACCCCCCUCCCGUGGCCGUGCCUACUCGCGAGGAGAACCUUUGCUGGCCCCCCCCCCCACCCCCUUGUUCCCCGGGCUGGUCCCGAUCCGCUCCUGGCAGCGUGGUCGCGCGGCCCUCUUUCCCGCACCUGUGCGCUCCUCCUCGCGAGUAAGCCGCAGCGCCAUGGCUCACGACACGUACCACUUCAUAAAAGACAUAAAGCCCGGGCUGAAAAAUCUCAAUGUCGUCUUUAUAGUGCUGGAGAUCGGGCGGGUCACUAAGACCAAAGAUGGGCACGAGGUGCGAUCCUGCAAAGUGGCCGACAAGACAGGCAGCGUCACCGUCUCGGUGUGGGACGAGUUGGGCGGCUUGAUCCAGCCGGGUGACAUCAUCCGGCUGACCAAAGGGUACGCAUCUCUCUGGAAAGGAUGUCUUACGCUUUACACAGGAAGGGGAGGAGACCUUCAGAAAAUUGGGGAGUUCUGCAUGGUGUACUCCGAAGUGCCCAAUUUCAGCGAACCCAACUCCGACCACCUUGGGCAGCCUAGCAAAGUGGGGCCAGGUGAACAGAGCAAUUCUCUACCGCCAACUAAUACGGGUACUUGUACCUUUGGCCCAACUGGAAAUGGCUUGCAGACGGGGUCUGAGGUGAGCGGGUUGUCGUCAGGGUACAGUAACCCCGCCUCCUGUGCAGGUUCGGAGAGGGCCAGCAGACGGGGCCCCGCCUCUUCGUCCACGCCGGUGCCGUCGGGUAAUCCUCGCCCCCUUCGAGGCACAAUGAGCAAUGGGAGAGACCCUCGCAGGGCCUCUAAGAGAUGACCAAGUCCAAACACUUUGCUGUCUGUCUAAACUGUGCGCCCUACUUGAACACUCACUGCACUUUUAUUUAUGGUAGCUGUGAACACGGUUGGCCCUCCCAGUUCCUGCUUGCUGUUGUAUGGAGAGAAGGAUUCUGUUGCAUCCCACCCACAACUUUAUCCCCCUCCCUAAGAAAAUGUAGUGAAGCUUCUAUGUCUUCUAUUUCAAAGAGGAACAAGUCUUACAAAUAGGGGUCCUAGUUUAAAAAUCAGGGAUUCUUUGUUAAAAAUUAGAAGUUUUUUUUCUUCCUAAAACGAAAGCUGCUUUUUUGUUUGGGUGCCUAUUUUAGAGUUCUGUUUUUAUUUUUUAUUUUUUUUGGUUCCAUUUGAGCCGAGCCAUCUGUGCAGUCUUAAAUUCUCUCUUUUUCGGGGAGUCCCGUGCGGCUCACAGGAUACUCCAAACGAAGAGGGCGGCCAGAUCCGCAUCGUUGAGCCUUGUCAAAGCGACCUAGCAAUAAAUGCAGUCAAAGCGCCUGGUGCUACUAGCACUGAGAAGAAUGACGAGUUCUCUGUUUUGGGAAAGAUGUUUGAUUGGAGGCCAGAUUUCUCUUGCCAAAGCGUUCAUGUUGCUCCCCCCGUGAUCCAAUGUGAAAUACCCCUGACUAGGUCCAAGCGGAUUCCUUUUUGAAACUCUCUUGGAAACAGAGUUCAGUAAAUCUCCUGUUAGAUGAGAUCAAGUAAACAUGCCUCGGAAAAUUCCAAUAAAUGCUAACCAUGCAUUUCAGGACUGAGUUCUAAUUCUCCCAAAGGUUGCUGUGAAACAUCUUCAGAGUUCCUAUCGGGUCAGCUGUCAUCUCGCUGAGCAAUAAGUAAAGGAUGCGCAAAGGCAGAGCUAGACUUCUAAGUCCUUUGUGGAGCUAGACUUCUAAGUCCUUCGUGGAGCUAGACUUCUAAGUCCUUCGUGGAGCUAGACUUCUAAGUCCUUCGUGGAGCUAGACUUCUAAGUCCUUCGACGCAGACUUAGCAGGGUGUAACUCUGCCCAAGAUGGCCAUGGCAAAUCUAACGCUUUCAGUAAAAGGGGUUCAGUCGAGGGGAAACUUGAUUGCCUUCGGCUGAUUUGUUUACGUUGGGCCAAACUGCUCAGGUGAGAAGAUGCGACCCCCCCCCCCGCCCCCACCCCCCCCCCCCCCAACCUGGUCAGUGCUGGCAGGGAUCCCUUUUGGGCGACUUUCCAGCCGAGUUAUCGCGUGCCUGAUAGACACACGCCCAAUUUCACUUGCAAAGUGAAUACCUUGAUUUUGAGAAAUGAAUUGUGCCAGUUAAUGCAGGUGGCUUUUGAGCGACUGAGUAUCGGAAGGAAGUCAGCAGACUCCAAAGGCCUGGCCUUGCGAAGAGACAAGCGGAGGUUUUCGGCAACGUAGAUAUUCAUGGGGGUUUGUCCAGAUGACCCUGAGCAUCAAGUUUGUCUAGUCCAUGUUAGUGGAUCACGUUUGGAAUUCAUUGGAAAGCUGUACAAUGGCUGCGCCCAACUUUUGUUUAUAUUGCAUUUUUCUUGAAGUGGACCUCAUUAAUAAAAAUUGCACUAACCACA